AAAUCACCUGCUGUUCAAAAUACAGCAACAUCAAAUCAUUCACCACGUCUUGUUUAACCUCGCAUAACCAUCACAUCUCCAAUUUUCCUCAACUUCAUGUGAUUCUGUAUCUAUGCUUAUACUAUUCUAUCACCAGGUUGCGUUAGUUGUUGCAGUCCUGCAUAUGGCAGCAUAAAUGAAAUUCGUUGGUGUUGAUUAUUGAUAUUUGUGUGUUAUAGAAUAAGAAAGUUGAUCGAAACGGAUGAAUAGUCCACGCCAGAACGAAAUGGAAGUUGACGAUACUGUUGUUAUUGCCAAUAGAAGUGUUAUGGCCUCUUCAGGCACUGUUGGUAGUGUAUCUAUAUCAUUGCAUCCUUUGGUUAUAAUGAACAUUUCAGAACAUUGGACACGGCUGAGGGCACAAGAGGGAUCCCCACAACAAGUGAUUGGUGCUUUAAUUGGGAAGCAGAAAGGGCGCAAUCUUGAAUUAAUGAAUUCAUUUGAGCUGUUAUUCAGUUGCAUUGGAGGUGAUACAAUCAUAGACAGAGAUUAUUACAACACAAAAGAGGAGCAGUUCAAACAGGUGUUCAGUGACAUGGAUUUCUUGGGCUGGUACACAACAGGGGACCACCCGGAUGACGGAGAUAUCAAGAUCCAUAAACAGAUUUGUGAGAUAAAUGAGAGCCCUGUUCUUCUGAAACUUAACCCACAGGCCAGGCAUAGUGAUCUACCUGUGACAAUGUACGAGUCUGUGAUUGACCUAGUGGGGGGUGAGGCCACCAUGUUAUUUGUGGAACUACACUACACUCUUGCAACUGAAGAAGCUGAAAGAAUUGGUGUUGACCACGUGGCCCGCAUGUCCAGUAAUGAGGCCGGGGAGAGUUCUCUGGUGGCGGAACACCUUACGGCCCAGCACUCGGCCAUCAAGAUGCUUCACAGUCGUGUUAGGCUGGUGCUGCAAUAUGUGAGGGCCGUGCAGGCGGGCGAGUUGCCGAGAAACCACGAUAUCCUCAGAGAAGCGUACAGUUUAAGUCACCGGCUCCCCGUGCUCCAGAGCCCUCACUUCAGGGCCGACUUCUACAAUCAAUGCAAUGAUGUGGGCCUUAUGACCUACUUGGGAACCAUCACCAAAGGCUGCAAUGAUAUAAACCAAUUUGUAAAUAAAUUCAACAUCCUAUAUGACCGGCAGGGAAUGGGACGACGCAUGAGGGGUCUGUUUUUCUGACAUAACGU